GUCAGAAACGCCUGCAAACCAAUGCGCUAUUACUGCUGAUCCAUACCGGUAUAAAUAUUUUUUUUAAAGCUGGGAGAGUACCAUGCUUGCCCCGCAGUCACGCCUCUCCCGCCAUCCUUUGCCCCUCCUUUCCUUUCUGUCAGUAUGCCCGCGCUCGCCCAGAGAGAUCUGUCCAUAAAUGAUGAGAUAAACAUCACCUUUGGCGUCUUGGCUACUAUCCUGGCACUCUCCUCCGUUGUUAUCGGUAUCGCUACAUGGCAGCACCAGGUCCGCUCAGCUCGGCCGUAUCAGUACCACAGCGACGGGUCUUUUGAAUUUGCGAUCCGCGUAGGGCGUUCAAGGAUUUCAUAGGCAAAUCAGUCUAUACCUUCAGGGCCUCAAUAUUCGCAACACACUGAUUCAACACUUUACGAUACCCACCA